AUGACCACCCGAGACCCUCCUGGUGCCGUUUUGGGCUCCUGGGGGCUCCUCUUCCUCCUCCUUGCCCCUCUGCCUUGCCGUCUGUGCCCCAUCCCCUGCGAGUGCUCAGAACCGGCCCGCACUGUGAAGUGUGUCCAGAAGGAGCUGACCGCUGUCCCCUCUGGUAUUCCAGGAUAUACCCGCAACCUCUUUAUAACGGGCAACCGGAUCACUCUCAUUGGUAGCCAGGACUUCCAAGGGCUGCCCAACCUGGUUAUUCUCUCGCUGGCAAACAACAGGAUCAGCAGAGUGGAGUCACAGGCAUUCUCUGCCCUCCAGAGGCUACGUUACCUUGAUCUGAGUAACAACCUCCUGUUUACCAUUCACCCCGAAGCUUUCGGUGCCACGAACAACUCCAUUCAGGAGCUAAAUCUUAGCCACUCGUUGUAUAACGCUUCUGCUGUCCGCUCCUUGGCAACUGCACUUGCCCUCGGGGGCUUCCAGGACCUCUCCAGGCUACAGUUGACCAGCAAUGAGAUUGUCUACUUGCCCCCCGGCAUGCUUUCUAGCCUCCCCAAGCUCAAGCACUUGGACCUGCGGAACAACUCGCUGGUGGACAUUAAGAAUUCCACUUUUUCUGGCCUUAACCUCCAGUUCCUGGAUCUGACUUUAAAUGCCUUCAAGACUCUGAGGAGAGAAACUUUGUCUGAGCUUGGGAGGCAGUCGCGCCUCCGUGUCUUCCUGAAGGACAAUCCUUUUGUGUGCAAUUGUGACAUUGAAGAUCUGGUGAACUGGUUGAACCGAAGCCAGCAGGUGGCAGAUGCGGACAAACUAGCCUGUGCUUUCCCUCAAGAACUACAGAACAUCUCCUUGGUGGAACGAGCUGGGACACAAUUUGCAUGUCACUCCAGUCAGCCUGGAGAAAAGUCUGCUCUUCAGACUUCAUAUGCCGCCUUGGGCACGGCCCUUGGAGUAAUUGGUAUCGUUUUCCUUGUUGUGCUUUAUCUAAACCGUAAAGGCAUCAAGACAUGGGCAAACAGCAUGCGGGAUACUUGCCAGAACUUGAUGGAAGAGUACCGCUAUCGUUACGAGAGGGAUUCUGAUCACCAUAUCACACAAGUAUCAGCACUGGACAUAUAAUACUUCUCUUGGUCACCAUUUUGCAUUUUUUGGGGACUUGUUUGUGUCAGGGAAUCUGGCACUGUCUGUCUCUCCUUACAAUGAAGAUUGCCUUUUCCACAGCAAAAUGCCAAUGCUUACAGGGUUCUGCAGAUAAGGUCCUUGAUGCAGAACCUCAAAUAAAUGUAUGAAGCCACCCUACACCGAGUCAGACUGAGCAUAUCUAGCUCCAUGUUUUUUUGCUAUGACUGGCAGUAGUUCUCCAAGGCCUCUUUAGGAAAGAUCUUUCUUUACCCAUCUGGUUCUGAGAUCUUUUAACAAGAGAUGCUGAGAAUUGAACCUGGAAUCUUCUGCACACAGAGUCGAUACUUUACUCCUGAGCCACAGACCUUCUUCAGUCUUAAGAUGUAUUUCUCAUGCAUAAAUGUUCUGCAAACUUUGACAUUUUAGGUUCCUCCAGUUCACAGUGCCAUCACUAGAUUUUUAGGCUUGUUGAAAACCAAGUGUCGUGGAUUUUUUCUGAUUGACUUUUGAGAACAUGGAGAGUUUAUUUUGUUAUUGUUUCAGUGGACCAAUGUUCUACCUUGCUGUCUGGAGAUGGAGAGCCAGUUUGGUGUAGUGGUUAAGAUCAUGGGACUCUAAUCUGGAGAGCUGGGUUUGAUUCCCCACUCUUCCACUUGAAGCCAGCUGGGUGACCUUGGGCGAGUCACAGUUCUCUGGAGCUCUCUCAGCCCCCCCAGCUCCCCACACAGGGUGUUUUGUUGUGGGAAUAAUAAUGGCAUACUUUGUAAACUGCUCUGGGUGGGCAUUACGUUGUCCUGAAGGGCGGUAUAUAAAUCAAAU